CCUAGGGAGCCCAAGUGACUUACUCCAGGCCACACUGAGGGGUCAGAAUGUACAGAGCCCAUACCCCUUGGCUGGUCCAGACUGCCUCCCUAGGCACCUCUCUGGAGCAUCCCAGUCUCCCAGCCUUAGGUAGGGGAUCAGGGAUGGGGGUAUGGUUCAAGACUAGCUCCACACUUUUAAUAUUAACACCCAAGCAGCCUGUUGAAGGGGCUCUGUCCAUAGGACAAAGAAAGGGCCAGUGGCAUUAAGAUGCUGAGGACCUGGGCAUCAAACCAUCCUUUCUUUCAUUAGACACCAGUCCGCGCGUUGUUCCUCAGUGGGUGCUCUCGCAGUUGCUGUAUUCCAGGGCUCCAUUCUGUUCUGGGGGAGGGGGUCGAAACUUAUUCUUCCACUCUCCUUUGGGCUUUCCUGUUUCCUCCCUGGGGCAGGGAGACACACUUGCAUUCCUAAUAUGGCCUCACCUCAUCUGACCCCCGGCUGUGACCUACUUACUGCUCACCUAGAUAUCUUCUUGCUCCUCUUCCUUUGACUCCCUUUGGAUUAGCCCAGAUAGACUGGGGUUUUCUGGAGAAAUGCCAGGAAAAUUCCCAUAGUCUGGCAGAGAAACAGGGAUUCAAAAAAUGGUGAUGUCAAGAAGAGCAACACAGGCCCUGGACCCAGCAGCCGUGCUGUCUUCUGCUCCCUGGCCCCAUACCUGCAUUGUCUCCUGGCUGGGCAAAGGGGGUCCCUGCUUGGAAAGGAAACUCCAUUUUCGUUUCACGCCACCAUCACUCGCGUGCACAGUCCCAGAGUGGGACAGUGUAAUGCCGCCUACUCCCCCUUCCACCGCUGAGUACACCUUCCGUCCCCGCCCCCGCCUCCCCGCCGCUUCAGAAGCGCUGCCUCCUCCAGGUGCCCCGCCCCACAGUGCCCCCCGCCAGAGGGCGCGCGCGCUCCCCGUAGACGCGCUCCGCUAUCCGCUUAGGCACGGAUGGGUGACUAGCUCCAGGUGCGGAACCGGCAGCCCCCAAGCCGGGUCGUGCAGCAACAGGCUCGAGAAGCUCGCAUCCGCGCUGUGCUCCCUCCCCACUGCAGGAGUGCUCGUUCCAAGCACUGCAGCGCCUGCAACAAGUGCGUGUGCGGCUUCGACCACCACUGCAAGUGGCUCAACAACUGCGUGGGCGAGAGGAACUACCGGCUCUUUCUACACAGUGUGGCAUCUGCCUUACUGGGCGUCCUGCUCCUCGUGCUGGUGGCCACUUAUGUCUUUGUGGAGUUCUUUGUCAACCCCAUGCGGCUGCGUACCAACCGCCACUUUGAAGAAUCACACAGAUGUGUGGUUCGUGUUCCUGCCUGCUGCCCCUGUGGAGACCCGGGCUCCUGCUAUCCUGGCUCUGGCUGCCCUACUCAUCCUUCUGGGCCUGCUCUCCACAGCCCUGCUCGGCCACCUGCUCUGCUUCCACAUUUAUCUCAUGUGGCACAAGCUCACCACCUAUGAAUACAUCGUGCAGCAUCGUCCGCCACAGGAGGCAAAGGGGGCCCACAGGGAGCUUGAGUCAUGUCCCCCCAAGAUGCGGCCCAUUCAGACAGUGGGCCCAGGACCCAGAAGGCCUUGGACCCGUACCUGGCCUCCCAGCCUCCCUCACCUCCACCUUCCCCAGGAGAUGGAGUUCUACAUGCGGACCUUCAGCCAUGUGCACCCAGAGCCCCCUGGCCAGGCCAGGCCUGCUGCAGUGAAUGCCAAUCCCUCCCAGUCCCUUGCCACCCGAGGCCAGGUGGAGCCUCCACCUCACUCCUCCCCAGAGACUCUCGCUCUGCCCCCCCGGAUGCGACCCCAGAAAAAGAGGAAGCGUCGCAUGUAUAAGGUGCAGACCUCCGGGACCUUUGACAGGGAGCCCCCGUUGCCCAGGGUGCCGGGGCCCCGGAUCCCCGGCCGCCGCUCCAGCUCGUCGUCGGAUUCCGCGGACGCCAGCCCUGCAGGCGCCUACCACUCGGCGUCAGCCGAGUCCAUGGAGGAGAUUCCGGUGGCUCAGACGCGCCUAGGCAGCGCCGCUCUGGCCGCCCCAGUGGGCAGGGGCCGAGAGCCCGGGCUGGAGCUGCAGGCGCGUGCGCCCGCCGUUUUCGUGAGCCCGAGCAGCGGCGAGCCCGGUGCGCGGGGCGGCCCGGAGGCCGGUCUGGCUUAGCUGGGCCGAGAAGCAGGGAUGGAGGAGCAGCGUCGGAACAGACUCUCUAUGCAACACCCCCACCCCAGCCGCACCGAGUGCACUUUAGGGGCCCCUAAGGGCCGGCGGGAUCGGCCCCCCUCCCCCACGACUCAGCAAUACCCGCCCCACCAGCCAUGAUGCUCCAAUAAACUUUUUUAUGCUUUUGC